AUGGAGCCCCUGCCGGAGGAGGAAUUUGUUGUGAAGCAGAUGCUGCAUUCUGCUGUUGCAGCCUGUAAUAGCGUUAAUGGUGGUGGUGGUGAUGGUGGUGGUGGCAGUGGUAGCGGUAGCGAUGGUAAAGGUAGUAUUUAUGGAAAUAAUGACAAUGCUUAUAAAGGUGGUAAUAAUAGUGGUAGUGAUGGGGAUGGUGGCGGCAGUGGUGGUAGCGGUAGCGGUAGCGAUGGUAAAGUUAUUAUUUAUGGAAAUAAUGACAAUGCUUAUAAAGGUGGUAGUAAUAGUGGUGGUGGUGGUAGUAGUGGUGGCAAUGACAGUGGCAGUGGCAUAGUGGUGGUAGCGGUAGUGGUAGCAAUAGUGAUUGUGGUGGUGGUGGUAGUGGGUUUCAACGCCGUUGGUGAACAACCAUCGGUGGCUAGGGUUUCAACGCAGAUCAACGCAAAUCGCGAUCGGGACGGCGACGGCGACGACGAUAAACAACGCAGAUAG